AUGCUGCCUGUCGCGGCGUCGGCCGGCGUCGUGGCCCUCCUCUGCCUCGCCUUCUACGCCAUCGGCCAGGGCGGCCAUGGCUUUUACACCGUUGGCCUGGUCAGCAACGUGGGCAACUACAAUCCCAAGUUCCGCGGGCGGGCACUGGGUGCCAUCGUGGCCUCAUUUGGCGCCUCGCCCGCCUUCUUUGCCCUCCUCUAUCGGGCGGUCAAGCCGCGGGUUGCCUCGUACCUGGUUGUUGUGGCUCUGGUCAUUGCCGGAGCUGCUGCCCUCGGCUUUGCCACCCUCCGCGUUAUGCCGUACGGGACGCUCUCGCCGCUGGCUUCGGUCUCGGCGCUGUGGUCGGAGAGCGCGACGAGCUCAGACGACGACGGCCUCCACUUUGUCUUUGAUUCGGAGGCCUCAGCCUCAACCUCAGCUGAGACUGAGGCUGAGGUUGAGGUUGAGGCUGAGGUUGAGGCUCAGGCUCAGGCCGAGGCUUAUGACGAGCAGCAGGAGGCGGUAGCCGGCCCGCAGAUCACGGGGCGCGCGCUGGUCCGCGAGCCAUCGUUCUGGCUCCUCUUUGCCAUUCUGGCGAUUUGCGACGGGUCAAUGCUAAUGGUGGUCAACAACCUCAACGCGUUCAUCGAGGCAACGCAGACAGCGACGUCGCAGACGGUCUUUAUGGCGCUCUUUUCCACCUUUAACGUGGCCGGGCGGGUGGUGUUUGGCAUUGCUUCGGACGCGGUGCUCAAGCGCGGGGUACCACGGGCGCGGUUUCUGGUCGCCAUUGCGGGGCUUAUGACGUUCAACCUGGUUGUGCUCGCCCUGGUCGGCGCGCCGUGGCUGGUGCCCACCAUGAUCGGCUCCGGCCUCGCCUUUGGCGGCAUGUUCAACACCAUUCCUACGCUUGUGGGCGAGCUGUUUGGCCUCGACCACUACGGCGCCAACUGGGGCACGGUAGUCCUCGCUCCGGCGCUCGGCGCCAUCUCGUUUGGCACGCUCUUUGGUGCACUCUUUGACGCCUCGGCCGGCGACGGCGGCGUCUGCCGCGGGACGCACUGCUUUGCGCCUGCCCUCUACAUCGCCGCCGCAGCUUGCAGCGUCGCCGCUGGCCUCGGGUGGAUCCUUGAUCGCAGGACAGGGGGUGAGUCUCCAGCCAGGGGGUAUGGCACGCUUGGCGACCGCGCUUAA